GGAAGCGAAGGCAACGUGUGGGCGCAAUGUCUGCAGAACGUGCACACCAGCUAUGCCCAGGGAUACGGUGACGGGAAGGAAGAGAUGAAAGUAGUGUGAUCUUUUUUUCUCAGUUCCAACAGGAUCCCUUUACAGCAUUCCACCUUGAUAAGGCACUGGUGAGAAAAUACAUGAAUUCACUAUUGAUUGGAGAACUGGCACCAGAUCAGCCCAGCUUUGAGCCCAGCAAAAAUAAACUGCUGGUAGAGGACUUUCGUGAGCUGCGUACCACUGUUGAAAGGCUGGGACUCCUGAAGCCCAACUAUCUCUUUUUUGCUCUGCAUCUCUUUCACAUCUUGCUGAUGGAUAUUGCUGCCUGGCUCAACCUCUGGUACUUCGGGUCAUCCUUGGUGCCAUUCCUUUUCUCUGCCUUGCUGCUAGGGACUGUUCAGGCCCAGGCUGGGUGGCUUCAGCAUGAUUUUGGGCACCUUUCUGUCUUCAGCAAAUCUAAAUGGAACCACGUGGUUCAUAAAUUUGUGAUUGGCCAUUUGAAGGGAGCGCCAGCUAGCUGGUGGAACCAUCUGCACUUUCAGCACCAUGCUAAACCCAACUGCUUCCGCAAGGACCCUGAUGUUAACAUGCACCCCUUAUUUUUUGCUUUGGGAAAGACUUUGUCUGUAGAGCUUGGGAUGAAGAAGAAGAAAUUCAUGCCAUAUAACUACCAGCACAAGUACUUCUUCAUAAUUGGACCCCCAGCCCUGGUGCCCCUCUACUUCCAGUGGUAUAUAUUCUACUUUGCAGUGCAGCGGAAACAAUGGGUGGACCUGGCCUGGAUGUUGAGCUUCUACAUCCGAUUCUUUUUCACCUACUUGCCCUUACUAGGGGUGAAGGGUCUCUUGGGGCUCUUUCUACUGGUCAGGUUCAUAGAGAGUAACUGGUUUGUGUGGGUGACACAAAUGAACCACAUCCCAAUGCACAUCGAUUAUGAUAACAAUGUGGACUGGUUCUCUACUCAGCUCCAGGCAACAUGCAAUGUUCAGCAGUCACUGUUCAAUGAUUGGUUUAGUGGGCACCUAAACUUCCAAAUCGAGCACCACCUUUUCCCCACGAUGCCUCGACACAACUACUGGAAGGUGGCUCCCUUGGUGAAGUCCAUGUGUGCCAAACAUGGCAUUGAAUACCAGUGCAAGCCUCUGUUCACUGCGUUUGCAGAUAUUGUAUACUCGCUGAAGGAUUCGGGAGAACUCUGGCUUGAUGCCUAUCUGCAUAAAUAGGAAGCAGCAGUUCCUCACAGUGGAAUUACCCACCUCCACUGCAUCUUACAGCGGGUAUGCAUGAAGACAAAGCACAGAGGGCAGGCAGCUGGCUCAGCCAGGGGUAGGGAAGUGGGCAAGCUUAAUUCUAGUAUUGAAUGUUUUCUUUUUUAUUGAUUUUUAAUCUUGAUUCUUAAUCUCUCAUGGUUCUCCCAUUCCUCCUUUCUGGUGCUGAGUUAUAGAGAGGAACAGAAUGGAGAAGACUAUGCACACCAGAGAGGAGGUCUGGGAACUGAAGGCCAUAGGACUGGGAAUUGAAGUCCUUCCUGCUCCUGACCUUUCACUUGCUGUGGCUAAAGGAAGGAAACCUCUUAGCUAACAUAGGUUAUAUUCAGUGUGAAAGACCCAAGGAAGUUGGGACAGUCUGAAGUUAGUGAACAGGGAAGUUUAGGAGUGGUGGAAGGAAGAGAAGGAAAAAUAAAGGAGAAAUGCAAGUAUUUGAAAAAAGAAGAAACUGUAGGGACUAUGCUUUCAAACACAUUUGUGCAUUUAAACACUGCAAAGGAAGUGUCCCAACCAUGGUGGAGUGGGAUAGAGAUGAAAGCUAAACUAGUGAGCAAGGCUCAGACUACUUUUUAGGGAUGAGUGAGAGAAGAAAGACCAAAGCCAUAAAGGGCACCUAUACACAUGCAGGAAGGCUGCUCCGGUGUGCUGUUAUUACAAUGUGUUGGAGGAGACUCGAUUAAUACAGUCUUCUGGAGCGUGGUAAUUACCACACUCCAGCAGACUCCAGCAUCAUGUAUAUCAGCAUCCCUGCACUGAAAAAUGGUGGUGGGGGUGCUUUAACUAAAGUCCAUUUGACGAGCUUUAGUUAAAGUGCCCCUGCUGUCAUUUUCCAGCAUGGGGAUGGUGAUACACGUGAUGCUCCAGAUGCUUUAAUUAGAGCAACUUUUGGAGCCACUCUAAUUAAAAUGCCUCCCCCCACCAGAGUACAUGUAUACAUGCCCAAAGAGGGCUUGAUGGAAAUUUGGGGUGUGGCCAGGCUCUUCUCUCAGAGUUAGGGUAGUGGAGGACUUGACACAAUGUGUUCCAAAUACUGCUAUAUACAUGCCUUUUGUGCUGUUUUCAAGAAUGUAGGAGAGUAAGCCUCUGGAUCUCCAGCUCAGUUACCACAGAGGUUUUUGCAGAGGUAGUUUCGCAGAGGUAGUUUCCACAGUGUCAUACUCCUACAAAUGAAACUGUCAGUGGACCAAUUACUGAUAUACCACAGAGACAAAAAAUAGUGCAAAUGGGUUUCUAGUUUCCUAGAUUAGCUACUAAAAUGCCUCCAGCAAUUUAGAUUAGGAAGUAAAAGUGUAAUUGAGCUGUAUCUAUCUGAGAUUUCAUGCUCACUACACCUUCAUAAAUAGGAAGAUAACUGGAUUUCUUGCUCUUAAAGCACAACAUGCUCCUUCAAGAGCUAAAGACAAAUCUUAUUUAACUGUCAGGCAUUUUGGUUUAGGACACCAUUAGAGUGAAUCUCAACAUUCCAGCCAACAGAAGGCAGUGGUGCACUUGUGCACACACUUACCAGUCAGUAUGCUGCGGCUCUGUUUUCAUUACAUGAAGUGCCUCUAACACAUGCUUCAACGAAGUAUGUUCUUCUGUGUAACUCUGUUAAAGAGUAUUAUCCUUACUGCUUUUAUUGGGUCCACUUAAAAGACCAAAUGCCACAACUGCUAAAUUAAAGGUAGGACCUGUGAUGCUUAAAGAUGUGAUUGGAUAAUGCACAAAACUCCUCCUUUUCUCUGCCCCAGACUAUUUUUGUCUCUAAGUCUCAAACUCGCUCCUUCUGGGUUUUGGGCCUAGCCUUUUCUCUUCAGCCACUACUGCUGUCACGUAGACAAGCAUAUGAUAUGAGGUGUCUCUGCACCUUCCUUGAGCUUUUCCCUCUCCCCCAACACUCACUGCUGUUGGCCAGUUUGCCUGACAACUUUUCAAAUUAAGCUAACAGGUGAUUUCAGAUCCAGAAAGGACUAGGUAAGGAAUGUGACUUCCCUUCUCUGGCUGCCACCCAAAAGGUGGAAGGCUUCAGGAGGGGCUAGUGUUCCUUCUCUCUGGACACACAGUUGUGAAUAAUAUUCAAGUUUUGUUUUUUAAUGGAAAUAAUCAAAGCACUAUUACAGUUAUGAAUUCUAAGUGUUGAA